CUAGUGAGCCUAAAGCGAAGAAGAAGAAAGACGACGGGUGCUCGUGAGGCUUCUGAUGCAAGUCGUUUGACAAGUUGUUGCGAUGCGGACGCAGGGGCCCCGUCCUCUGGUGGAGGUGGUCCGCCUGGGCCUGCUGCCCUACCGGGAGGCUCUAGGUGUCCAAGAGGCGUACAUCAAGCGGUGCCAGGCAGGCGCCGGCGCCUUCCACGCGCUGCUGCUGUGCCAGAACCCGCCCGUCUACACCACCGGCAUCCGGCAUAAGGGGCGCCCCCCUGCCGAGCUGGAGCGCCUGCGUCUGCUGGGGGCGCAGGUCCACAACACCGACCGAGGAGGUCUGAUCACCUUCCACGGCCCAGGACAGCUGCUCUGCUACCCGGUCCUGCACCUGGCCGCCUUCAAAAAGAGCGUCCGCUGGUACGUGUCCCGGCUGGAGCAGACGGCCAUUUCGGCCUGCGCGAGCUUGGGCGUGGAGGCAUCCGUGGCUCCUCACACCGGGGUUUGGGUCGGAGACAACAAGAUCUGCGCUAUCGGCAUCCGCUGCUCUCGCUACGUGACGUCGCACGGCCUGGCGCUCAACUGCGACACCGACUUGACGUGGUUCGGUCACAUUGUCCCAUGUGGCCUGGAGGGGAAGGGCGUGACCUCACUGAGCGCCGAACUGCGGCGCCGCCUGACCGUGGAGGAGGCCGUCCCGCACGUGCUGCGCGCCUUCGCCCGCGACUUUGGCUGCCAGCUGCUGGACGACGGCCGCGCGGCGCUCGGCGGCUGAAGCGAUACACUGGAAAAGGUCGACGCCGGUUCAAGUCCAUCUGGAGCAGGGCUGUAAAAUGACUUUUGAGAGAAAGUGAGCCGGGCCUACAAAGAGCAGACUGCCUUGUCUGGAGAAAUUGCUACGCAUGUACAAUAUGUUGUGUGUAUCGUUGCAGUUUGGAAAGUAAAAAUUGCUACGCAUGUACAA